AAUGGAAUAGAAUAAAUAAAAUCCACCUUAUUUAUGUUGAUAAAAGUUAGAAGUUGGGGGAGCGUAAUAAGUGUCCUUUAUCAGGAUGAUGUAUGUACGAGCGCGGUUGCGAUCAUCCGGGCAACUUUACAAUCAAUCAACCCCCUACACGGCGCGCAGCAUUUCGUCCCUGCGAGAGGGAUGAUUAAUGACAAUGGAGCCGACAACAUCGCCUCCCGCUGACGGAAAUACCAACAACUGGAAACCGGAAACCCAAACGAAACACCCAACCCAGCGACGCUCCGGCACACAAUGACAUGUUUUAUUGACGUUUAUCAUUUGAACUCGUUUUAUUAUAUUUUCCAGUAUGUUCAAUUUGGGUGCUCUCACCAAAACAUCUAGCGUUUUACUAAAUGAUGACGAAGGUUACAUAGAGGUACACGACAUUCGCUUCACACCAAAAUGCAUAGUCUUCAGGAAUCCGUACGAAGGUAAAAAGUUUGAGAGCAGUUUAAUCCUACAGAACGUUGGAAGGAAGCCCGUUUUUAUUAGGAUCAUCGCACCUACAUCCUCGGUAAUACAAGUAAAACAAUUCCCGAAAUGCAUUUUAAAGCUCGCUUUAUAGGCUAUUAAAAUAAAGACACUUAGGAAUGGCACGUAUUUAGCUCCCGGUAUGAGUAUUAAAAGGAUUGUAAAAUACACGGCAGUUAUGGCCACCAUUACAAGAGCCUGCAUUAUACCAAUCCACAUAGACAAACAUUAUUUUAGCUACAAUAUCAAAGUGCAAUUAGCAGCUGUUAUAUUAGAAACUAUACCGAGACUCAUAGAUUUCGGGUGCAUAGACGCAGGUCCCACUACAUCAAAAAAGAAAUUACUACUAAUCAAUAGAGGCGUGAAAGCAACGAAAUUUGUAGUAGAUCUUGGAUCGAACGAUUUAAAUAUUAUAGUCGAACCUAUGCGAGGGAUUUUAACGAGUCGGAGUCAGGUGUUAUUCCACAUAGAGCUGAACGCGAUGAAAGAGGGUCAAUACCAAACUGAAUUUUGGAUCAUUUCCGAAGUGCCACUCUGUAUAAAAGUGUUCGUAAAUGUCGUAUUUGGUAAAAUCGAAGCUAUACAUAAAUUCGCAAUGAGACAAUUCACUUUUAUUCAUUUCCCUAACACGUAUUACGGUUUGAACAGUGUAAAAACCAUGAUUUUGAAAAAUAACAGUUACAUUGGAACUAUGUUCUGUGUCACCGCUGAAAAAGAGGGAGAAGAUUUCCACGUUGAAGAUAUUAUGAAAGAAGAUUCCGAUUACAGCUUCUUCAAUAUCGUUCCAUUCAGCGGCAGACUUCCACCACGCGACGUGAGAGCGUUUUUCUUCAUCUUCUCUCCAAAGUUACUCAUAAAGUCCCAAAGUUGUGUUAUUAUGGCCAUGAUUAAAAUCAACAAAUUGUACUGCAAAGAUUUAGAUUUAACAUUAUACGAAGAUGAGCUAUUGUUCGAUGAACCUGAAAAGCGACUUUCGAAUUCACUGAGGUUAGAAUCCAAUGCUUCUCUAAUACAGCAGCAAAAUGAAAUACCUCAAAUGGAAAAUAACGAUGAUGAUCCCGAAGACUUGGUGGAUAUAAAUAAACCAGUCACAUUCUUUGAAAAUCAUGUGCGUAUUUUAUUGCACGGGGAAGUCGAAGAAGUUUCAGUCUCAAUUGUACCUGAUGAAAUUCAACUUUCUGAUUUAGUCGUCAAGCAACAAGAAAAUCGAGUCGUUCAGCUAACUAACAACUCACAAAAUCUUCCGAUUUACUGCAGAUACCGAAAGUGCGCUUUUGUUGAUAUUGAACCAAAAUUGAUUAUGCUGAAACCUUUAGAGAAAAAAGAUUUGUUGGUCGUUAUUACAGCUAGAUCAUCCGGUACAGUGAAACUGACCGUACGCUUCGAUUUACUUUAUUACGAUUAUCCUAAUUUGGAUAAAGAAUUAAAAAUAAUCGGAGAAGUCUCGUUCAGCCUAUUAAUUGAAAACACAGUUGCAGAAAUGAGUGUUUAUCCCGGGAGAUGCACCAUAAAAGAUGCUUGCAUACCGAGGUUGGGUAAUAACGGUGAAUACGAGCUUACGAGCAAAGGUAUCAAAGUUAAAGAGGAACUGAAGGAUUACUUCAGGAAAUUUAUUAGGAAUUACGCCGAAAAAAUGCGAAAAACUUUACUAGUACCUGUUUCUAAUUUCGAAGAUUACGAAAUAUCAAAAGCAGCAUAUCGGUGUACUAAAUUUACGAUUAAAACUAUACCAGAAAUUGUGGGGAGUGAGUUCAUUCCGUUGACUCCCUUUCAAAUGUUUAAUAUCAAAAUUAAACCCAGAAAUAUGAUAGUUGAAAACGUUGUGGCCAAAUCGAGAUUUAUGCGAAGUAUGAAAAUAAUCAAUAAUAAUAUAUUUCCGGUGAGGGCAUUUUUGAAACCGCAUAAAACACACAACUUCGUAUUUCCGUACGGUUGUCGUAAGGAAAUUAGUGCAUUUGGAGAAGAGGAUGUGUUUUAUGAAUGUCUUACGGAGAACACCACUAUUCAAAAUCAUAUUCUCGAUGUUAUCAUCAACGAAAACCAUGUUUAUGAAACAUCCAUUUCUGUUAAGCUUGUACCAAAAGUCUUGCAUUUCAGCUUUAAGGAUGCAGUAUUUCAAGAGGACGAACCGCCUUACAAGUAUCUUGAGAUUUACAAUAACGUGAACACAGACAUUUACUUCGAAUGGGAUAUUUUGGCUGAUUUAAGUGCAGAACCGCUCAAGGGUUUAGUUCGUCCUGGAAGAGCCUUAACGUGCUUGAUUUAUUACGAUAUUGCCAAUUGUUCUGUUAAUAAUUACGAAUUGCUAAUGAAGAUGGACAACAAGAGGAGUCAAACUUUCCGGUUUAUUUUGGAUAAACUAAAGUAUGAAGUAACAUUCGUCGAUGAAAUAGAUUUCGGCGAUGUGGGCAUUAACGUGAAUUCUCAGAGAAAAGCAGUUUUGAAUAAUAACAGUUUUGAGCCUUUGUCAUUCGAGACAAAUAUAGAUGAUUUUGUAGAUGGUAUGAAAGUGUAUCCAAGGGAUGGAAUAAUAGAACCUAAAUCCAAAAAGAUAUUCAUUUUUCAAUUGUUGCGACAUGCCGCAGGACCUUUCGAAAGUAAAAUGAUCAUUAACGUAGCCAACACCACAUUACUUUCGGUGACAAUUAAAGGGAACGUUGUCCUUCCAAAAGUACAAUUCAACCCGGAAAUCAUCAGAUUUAAGAAAAUGUCUGCGAGUUCCUUCGACGUAAAAUGUUUGAGCGUUAAAAACAUAUCGAACAUAACUAUUCUCUUUGAAUUCGAGCCGGAGAGAAUUCCCGAAAUGAACUUCACUGAAAGAGACUCGCAUAUUUUUAUCACCGAUGAGGAAUAUUAUUUGGAACCGGGUGAAGAGAAGAAAUUCACCAUUCACUAUUAUCCUACCUACGCUUUGGUAACAUCCUUUAUGGCUCCUGUAUUAGUAAACAAACUCAAUUACUCUAAACUACCAAAUUUUAAAUUGUACACAUCAGUGAUGACGCACAAAUUAUUUACUAAAACAUGGAAAUACGAAUUUUUCUACUUUCCACAUUACGAAAGCUACUCAAAGUUGACACAGAAAAUUCGAAUAUCAAAUCCUUCAAAAUCUCUUUUAAAGAUUUGUAUUAGAUUUGAUCAGUUGAAGGAGCCGUUCAGCUUAGAACACUUAGAAGGCGGUCUUUGUACCAAGUACGAAUGUUCUAUUGUAGUUGAAUUGGAAGCAGACACGCAGGUAAUCUUCUUAGCUCAUUUUAGACCGCAAACUCCAGGAUUCUACGAUAUAAGACUACCAGUAUACGUAAAAGACGACUUUUCCGAAGACAUGCACAAUUAUUUUUACUUUAAAGGCAUGUAUCCGUCGGCCGAAAUCAAGUCCAAUUACGAAUCGAUUUAUUUUGGAAUGUUGCCACUGAACUUCCAAAUUAUGACAAAUGUGGAAUUGAAUCUGCAUUACCACAAUCCAGAUUGCGACUUGAAAAUUGUCAGCACCGACAUUAAUAUGCAAAUUCAGAGCGGAGAAUUGGUAAUGAAUGAGACGGUCGUGAAACAUCGUUUUCAGAUUUACUACUUGGCCCACGAAACACAUAACAUAGAUACACAGCUACAAAUCUACUGCAAAUGCGGCGCAUAUAAAACAAUUAAAUGCACUGGAAGCACUGAGAAUUGCUUUAUAACUAAUUUUGCUUGUUGCAAGUAUUUUGAGGAAGAAUUGAAGCAACCGAUAGAUACUAUCUUUCAUAUGUCACAAUUAAACGCCGAAUCUAAAUCAUCUUUAGGAUCUUACUUUGUUUUAAAUACCACGGAAAAGAUUAAAAGCUACGAAUAUUUGCAUGGACUUUGCUUUCCAACAACGCCUGGACCAUUCUUGAAUUACAUGAACUCUGCGGUGAAGGCUGUUGAGCAAUGGCUUUAUGAACAAGGUUUCUAUGGUACUGUAUAUUACAAAGUACCAGAUACCAUAAGCAUCUUUGAAAUAACUGAAGACAAACAGUUUAUGGGAAAAACCAAGAGGUUUGCUAAAAUUGGAAAAAGCAUUAUGUUGCCAUACUUUGCAUUAUUAAAAAAUAUUUGUGGAAACAUAAUUAGCAAAUAUUUUAAACUGGAAUUGAAUGAACAGGAAAAUGUGGUUCUGCAAGUUUACAAAGUAUACCAACAAUUAAUUGAUUUCCUUCAUAAAAUACAAGCGUUUGUAAACCAUAUUACUCCUGAAUUCUUGUUAAGUUAUGAUGAUUACGUGGAUUACAUGUCCGAGAUAGGAAAGAAGCCAAUAACAUACACAAAAUUUUAUCAACAAUCCAAGCAGUUUUGGCUCGACCUUUUGCUACAAACUUACAAGGUGUUUGUUUAUAAAAGAUUGCUAUCCACGAAUCCGAAUUUAUCCACAUACACGUCGACGUGCAAAAUAGACGUUUGCUCCAGUUUAUACAUUUUCACUGAAAACAUCGUUCCGAUAAACGAAGCCAUUUACAGCGAUCAAGGUGCGAUGAUUCUCAAUUGGCUUAACAAACAUUUUCGAGAGCAAAAGUACUUCUUAGCUUCGGAGACGUUCGGAAAUGAUACUUACGAUGAAGCCAUUUUAGAUAGAAAGAAUGUACAAAAUUUUAGCUCCGACUUGUGUGAUGGUUUAGCGUUUUGCGCUGUAACUGUUGCAUUGUGUCCAUAUUUAAUCAAUCAUCUGAAGGGAAUAUACGUACCUCCGAUGUGCAAUGAAGAGUAUUUGCACAACGCCUGUUUACUCAUCAAAGUGUGGAAGAUGAUGAAUUCUAGUUACACAAUCAUGCCUAAAGAUAUUACACAACCGAACGAUAUACAAAUGAUCAUGUUUUGUGCUUAUCUUUACGAAUUCUUAAUCCGACUUAAACCAAAGGAAACUAUACAUCUGAGCGCAAACUUGUCGGACUCAGUAAGCGAAAGCAUUAGCAUAGGUAACGAUAAUUGCCAUGCCAUAAUUUACAAAAUCGUAUUUUUUGAUAACCAAGAUGAUUCGUUCACACUCGAGAAUAACACAAUAACGAUUCCCCCAAACGCAGUGCGAAAAUUAAAGAUAACUUACCAUGCAAAGUUUGUGAAGAAGCUGAAAUCAACGAUGGUUUUAUGCGGAGAAAUGUAUGGUAAUAAAUUUACUCACGGAAAGGCUUUCUAUCUUCAGGGAACUCCACUAUUUACCAACCCUUCUAUUGAGUUGACCGCAUCAUCUCGCGUUUACGAAAUCAAAGAAAUUUCCAUUGAAUUCCAAGCUCCGUACCAUGAACCAGCUGUUUACGAAAUCUACUUCACCAUGAACGAACCCAAGGAAAUUGAAAAUCUGCAAUUGGUUUCUUAUAAACAAAUACUGAAUUUCAAUUCGUUGCCGAGGGUCCAGAUCGAGCAUGGUACUUGCGAAGCAAAUGAGGAAGGAAUAAUUUCCAUCACAGCUACAGUUUGUUCGGUUACUAAGAACAAUAGAGAUGUAUGGGUAUUUGCAAAGAACUCUACAGUCGGCGAUUUUAUGGUUCUGCUGCACAUCGAGGCUAUGCCCUCUAAGGAAUUCACAAAGAUAUGCCUAAAUUUACCUCAGAAUUUUAACGAAUUGCCGUGCAACUGCAAAAUACCUAGUGUCAAUAACAGCUGUCCAAGAAAUGUGAUUUUGAAGAUACCUUCGAGAAACGCCGCACUUUGGAAGGCGGUUAUGGGACAACUACUUCGAAAUCCCGAUGAAGAUGAGCAACGCUUUUGGACCACUUACCAAAAAUCUCCGAUUGGUCAACACGUUAUAAAGAGGAUUUUGAUGGAUUACAAGAAGUUUGUUACCAUGGAUACGGCAUAUAUUUUCAAUGCAAGCAUAGAGUACGCAGUUCGUGUAAAAAGCGAUGAUGUUAUAGCACAGGAAUCAUUGGUCAUAGCGAACACUACGAAAUUAUUGGAUACUACAGAUUUGACUCUUCAUAUUACUGGAGACGCUAAACCAUUUAAGUUUGUGCUGGAAUCAUUGGAUAGAAAGGAACUUCGACAGUACCGUGUAUGGUUGGAUUUCCACAAUAAAAUGUUUUGA